UUUUAAAUUCCGGUAUUCCUUAUCAAAUCCACCUCUACCCUUGGCUUCUUUUCCAAAGAGGUGAAACUGAAGUCUGAACCCAGAAGACACAGUCCCUCUGUUAAGAACCGCGCGGGACCUGUUUUUUUUUUUUUUGUGACUAACCAUAUGAAAAACUUUGAGUUCAGCCUGGAAAGGGGGAGAAGGGUUAAAAUGCCAGCGAGGAGACUGCGAGAGGUCGUUUCCCCAAACCAAAGGGAUAACUCGGCUGUGGUGGGGGACGAGCUGCCCCGUGUUCCUCCAGCACUGUCUGCAAAUAAACGUCUUGCUGUUGGCGUGAGGACUAGCUCAAACGGAACUUCAUGUGGUUCGUUGGAUUUAACUUCUGCUAGAAAACAUCACCAGCUUCUGUCAGAAAAUCCUCCUGUAGCUGAUAAAAGUGAUUUUUCUAAAGAUGCUGUAGUUCCAAGGCUACCUUUGAGUAAAACAGAAGAGAACAGCACACAAAAAGCAAAUGACAUCUUUAUUUCGCAGUACACCAUGGGACAGAAAGAUGCUUUGCGAACUGUUCUAAAGCAAAAAGCUCAAAGCAUGCCUGUUUUUAAGGAGGUGAAAGUACAUCUUUUAGAAGACACAAGUACGGAAAAGAAUACUGUUGCUCAGGAGAAUGCGUCGUCACCCAAUAGAAUUGAUUCCGCUACAACUGUGGCUGCAGCAACCGCCGCUGCCAUCGCAACAGCAGCUCCCUUGAUAAAGGUACAGAGUGAUUUGGAAGCAAAGGUUAAUUCUGUUGCAGAAUUACUUACUAAGUUACAGGAGACUGAUAAACAGUUACAGCGUGUGGCAGAGCACCAAACAAGCAUUCAGAGUAAGCAAGAGAAAUUACAGUGUCAUGAUCACGAGAAGCAGAUGAAUGUAUUUAUGGAGCAGCACAUCAGACACCUUGAGAAACUGCAGCAACAACAGAUGGAUAUCCAGACCCAUUUUAUUGGUGCUGCACUCAAGGCUAACAGUCUUCAGCUUGUUGGCAUGUCCCCUUCCAGAGCAGUGGAGAAGCAUUCUGGAAAGCCAGGACAUCCUAAUCUUGGUAGCAGUGUUUCUUCACAUAACACAUUUGUUUCUAAACAAGUGCCUUUAAGAGAAGUUGAAGAUACAGAUUCUGAUGGGCAGAAAUCUCCUUUAGAGACACCAGCACCCCGCAGGUUUGCUCCUGUCCCUGUCUCAAGGGAUGGCAGAAUAUCAAAGAGGGAAAACCCUACAGAAGAAAAAGAAAAUAUGGAAAUGUCAAGUCCUAAAGGAAACGUAAGACUGUUGGAACAAAUACUGGGUAGUAAUGAUUCUUUGACAAGAAAAUGUGAAUCAUCAAACAUAACCUCACUAGCCAGGUCAAAAACAGGAUGGAAUUCUGAGAAAAGAGACAGCAUUGAAACUCUACGUUCACAGAGAACGUUUCCUUCCUCUGAAGAGCUAGGAACAGCUGAAGUAGCUAUGCAAAAGUAUAAUGAUGAUGUUCAUGAUCUCAGCCAGAAGAAGAAACAGACAAAUGACCUGCUCCAGGUAAAACAAUCCCCAGUUAUCUUGAAUCCUGUUAAGCUUCAGACAACCAAUACACGAUCCGUCUUGAAAGAUGCUGAGAAGAUUUUGAGAGGAGUACAAAACAAUAAAAAAGUGCUAGAAGAAAACCUGGAAGCUAUUAUCCGUGCAAAGGAUGGAGCUGCUGUGUAUUCAUUUAUCAAUGCUUUAUCUACCAAUAGGGAGAUGUCAGAGAAAAUUAGGAUCAGAAAGAAAGUAGAUGACUGGAUUAAAAUCAUUUCAGCAGAAAUCCAGGAUGAACUUUCGAGAAAAGAUUAUGAACAAAAGCGAUUUGAUUCAAAGAAUCAACGGAACAAGCAAGCUCUGAGUAGAGAUAUUAAAGUCAACACACAAGACAGAGCAGCGAACAGAUCUGUAAUUCCAAGAAGACACUGUCAAAAGCCGGUGCAGGAGCAGUCUAGAAGUGUACUCGUAAAGAGCAUGCCUACCUCAGGUUCACAGAAAGAGAGAAAAGAAGGACUCUUGAAGUCAGCUACAGUUUUACAAGACGAGGAUUAUAUGUUACAAAUAUAUGGGAAGCCAGUUUAUCAGGGCCAUCGCAGCACUCUUAAAAAGGGACCGUAUCUCAGAUUCAGUUCUCCAUCUCCUAAGGCCAGACCACAGAGACCAAAAGUCAUAGAGCGAGUCAAAGGCACUAAAGUCAAGUCAGCAAGAACACAAACUGACUUUUAUACAGCAAAACCUGUGAAAGUGGAUUCUAAAGUGCAACAGCCCAUCACCACACUGCCUCACGCUGACCAGCAGUACUUGUUCAGCCCAAGCAGAGAAAUGCCUACUGUUUCAGGUACCCUGGAAGGUCAUCUGAUUCCAAUGGCGAUUCUUUUAGGACAAACCCAAAGUAAUAGUGAUUCCAUACCGCCUGCUGGAGUCAUGGUAAACAAGCCACACCCUGUAACUGUGACUACGUCCAUUCCUCCGUCAUCUCGGAAAGUAGAAGCCGGAGUCAAGAAACCUAAUGUAGCAGUUGUAGAAAUGAAAUCAGAGAAGAAGGACCCCCCUCAGCUCUCUGUACAGAUGUUACCUAGUGUGGAUAUUGAUAGCGUUUCGUACAGCAGUAUUGAUGGGGUUUCCCCUCCGCCAAGUCCCAAAGAAGCCUCUCUUCCUCCAUUGCACACCUGGAUCCAGACUCCAAAGUUUCUGAAGGUGGAUGAAGAAGAGGUGAAGCUUCCAGGAACUAACUUUGAUGAAGUCAUUGAUGUUGUUCAGGAACAGGAACAGCGUGAUGAAAUCCCUGAAUGCUCUGCACCAGUGUUGGAAUUUAACAGAAGUGUUAAGGUCAUUCCUACAGAAUAUAAUGGUCCUUCUUUUCCUCCAGUAAUUCCUACGUUUCAUCCCACUACUGAUAUUUUGGAUAAAGUAAUUGAGAGAAAAGAAACAUUGGAAAAUAGUUUAAUUCAGUGGGUAGAACAAGAAAUAAUGUCAAGAAUUAUCUCUGGACUCCUUCCGCUGCAGCAGCAAGCCAGACUUGAUGACAGUGUUUCAGUUAGUGAGGCAAGCGAACCAUCAGCUUCUGACAUUGUCCCAGGAACAAGCAAUGGAGCACUCCAGCUUUUUGUUGAUGCCGGGGUUCCUGUGAAUUCAGACAUGAUCAGCCGCUUUGUGAAUGAAGCCCUUGCUGAGACCAUUGCCGUCAUGUUAGGGGACAGAGAGGCAAAGAAGCCAGGGCCUGUUGCCACAAGUGUUUCUGGAGACCUUUCAACAAAUGAAACUAACUCACCGGAAAGAGUUUGUGCUCCAGUAGCUACACCGCAGCCUACUCCUCCAUGCUCACCCUCUCCUCCUGAGGAGUACGUGUUAGUGAAAACUCCUGACUCUUCUUCCUGGGAUUCAGAUCAGGAUGUGGCUUCCCCUAGUAAAGAAAUAAGUGCCGAAAAAGGAAGUGCUAUACCUGCCGUCACACCUGUUAGUACCCCGACAGUUACCCCUGUUACUACACCCCCUCCAGCAGCAGCACUUACCCCAACUAUGUCAGACAUUUCCAUUGACAAGUUGAAGGUGUCAAGCCCUGAACUUCCCAAGCCAUGGGACAGUGGAGACCUGCCCCUGGAUGAAGAGAAUCCUAACUCUGUUCAAGAACAUCUUCACCCAAGAGCUGUUGUAAUGUCUGUGGCUAAAGAUGAAGAGCCUGGGAGUGUUGACUUCCCUGCCCAUCCUACACCACUGGAGCUGGCUCCCUUAACACCGCUUCCUGAGGGCACCAAGGCUCCUCCUCAGCAGACCCCAAGCUCUGGCUCCUCAACACUGGAGAACACGUUGAGCGUCACUGUCACUGAGACAGAGACUUUAGACAGGCACAUCUCUGAAGGGGAGAUCUUACUUAGCUGUGGUCUGAACUUGGCUCCCAAGAGGAACGGGGACUUGUAUCUGAACAUAAACGACAGCUUGUCCAGCACUCUGCAGGAUGCCCUUGAAAUGGAAGAUGACCCCCCCAGUGAAGGAGAGGUGAUUAGGAGGCCCCAUAAAAAGCUUCAUGCAAAUGCGAUUCUUUCUCUUUUUACUAAGCAAGAACAGGAAUUACUAGUUUCACAGCAAGCAGAGGACAUGGAUAACAGUGUGGGCGAGCUUAGUGAAGGACAAAGGCUUGUACUGGCGUCAGCAGAGGACAUCUUUGCAGGACCGUCCGCCUGCCUGCCACAGCCCACUACAACUGCAGAGCCUUCCAAUGAGCGAGCAGCCCCUGGGCUGUUCCUGCAGCAGUCUGACGUAGCCUCAGGGAAUACUUGUGAAGGUUCAUGUGCCAGUCAUGGUCCAAUGAGUUUAAGGGAAUUGGAGUUGCAGCCUUGUUCUGCCCUUGUUCUUCCCAUGACACACAAAACAACAAAAGGCAAUGAUGCUGAGUUACCAGGAGCAGCUGAAGACUCUUCUCAGUACCAGCAACAGCAAGACGCAGACAAUAAACAGGUCGAACAGAAGCCAGUACACAGACAGCUGACCUCUGUAAGAAAUAAAGCUGACAGCUCACUUUCACGACAGAGAGGUGCCGAGAUGGUCCCACUCUUCGCUGCACACACGUCACCCACCAAGAUGUCUGUGACGCUGCCCUCUGCGAACCUUGAGGACGGCUCGCAGUCCUUGAGCGCCAGCAUACAGGGUGACGAGUCCUCGGGGACAGACACCUUCUGAACAGGAAGAACCAGCACAGCGUUGGUGAAGACAGGUCACUUUGCUUCAGACCAUUCCCAUAGACUGUUUUGCCUUUGAGCAUAUUUUUUGGGGGGAAACCAUUUCUAAUGUUUUAUUAAAAUAAAAGUGUUCUUUGAGUAUUUAGUAAGGCUUUUGAAUAAAGUAAAUGGAACUCA